CACACAUCAAUUUCAAGAAAUUAAUUAAGAGACAAAAAAAAUAGUAAAAAAUCCAUGGGUUCUCUAACAGUUUCCCACAAACUUCCCAUUAUUGAUUUCACCAUGGAGAAUUUGAAACCAGGCACAAAUUCAUGGUCCAAAGCACGUAAAGAAGCUGUUGGUGCUCUUGAAGAGUACGGUUGUUUUGUAUCAUUAUAUGAUAAAGUCUCAUUAAAGAUCCAUGAUGAUGUUUUUCAAGCACUAGAAGAGUUGUUUCAUCUUCCAACUCAGAAAAAAGUCCAAAAUAAGUCUAGUAAACCUUUGUAUGGUUAUGUUGGCCAAAUACCAUUUAUUCCUCUUUAUGAGAGUAUGGGCAUUGAUAGUGCUAAUACACUUGAAGGAAUCCAAAAUUUCACCAAUUUCAUGUGGCCUAAUGGAAACAAUGCUUUCAGCCAAGCAUUGCUAGCAUACUCAAAAGCAGCAGCAGAACUAGAAGAAAUGGUGGUGAAAAUGGUAUUUGAGAGCUAUGGUGUAGAGAAAUACUAUGAAUCACACGUUAAAUCAGUGAACUAUCUAGCUAGAGUGAUGAAAUAUAGUGAAGCCCAAGUAAAAGAAGCAAAAUUGGGAUUUGUUGAGCAUACAGACAAGAGCUUCAUGUCAACAAUUCAUCAGACUAAUCAUAUUAAUGGUUUGGAGAUCAAAGGGAAAGAUGGCCAGUGGUUUGGAGUUGACCUUUCCCCUUCCUCCAUCGUCGUCAUGGCUGGCGACGCAAUCAUGGCAUGGAGCAACAAUAGGAUAAAAUCUCCACAUCAUAGAGUGAUGAUGGGGGAAGAGAAAGGAGCAAGAUACUCCAUUGCACAAUUUUCAUUCAUGGAAGAUUCACUAAUGGUUGAAACACCAAAAGAGCUAGUUGAUGAAGAGCACCCUUUACUAUUCAACUCAUUCAACCAUCUUGAUUAUCUUCAUUUCUUUAGCAAAGAGGAAAAUAGAAGGCUCGAAUGUGCUCUCAAAACCUAUUGUGGUGUUUGACAUGCAAAUUACUUGUACUACUAUUUUAUUUUCCACGAGGUAAAAAACGGGUGCAAGAAAAAAAUAAUAAAGUUUCUAUUAAUAUGGUUAUGAUGCA